AUGGGACCCAAGAUUACCGGAACUAAAGGCGCCAAGAAGGCAGCCACCAAGGCAAAGGCCAACCGUGGCACCGACAAGAAAAGGAGGAGGAAGAGGAGGGAAUCCUACAGCAUCUACAUCUACAAGGUGCUGAAACAGGUGCACCCCGACACUGGUGUUUCCAGCAAGGCUAUGUCAAUCAUGAACAGCUUUGUCAACGACAUCUUUGAGAGAAUCGCCGCUGAGGCUUCCCGUCUCGCUCACUACAACAAGAGGUCCACCAUCACUAGUCGGGAGAUCCAGACCGCUGUCCGUCUCCUACUGCCUGGUGAAUUGGCCAAGCACGCCGUCAGUGAGGGUACCAAGGCUGUCACCAAGUACACCAGCUCCAAGUAA